AUGUCGAUAUACUCGGACCCUCCACCCUACCGCGAGUUUCGCUACGAUAAACCCACCCUGCUCGUGUGCUGGUGGGCCACGAUCCUGUGCGCAUGCAUCAUCGUCCUGCGCAUCGCCGGCCGCUUCGUCCGCACCGAGCGUCUCUUCACCGAGGACAGGAUCGCAGCCCUGGCCCUGAUCCCCCUGUUCCUGCGCAUGGCCUGCGUGCACUUCAUCCUCGUCUACGGCACCAACAACGUCGACCUGACCGGUAUCGACCUGUCGCCCGAGGCAUUACGUCGUAAAGAGAUUGCCAGCGGUCUGGUCCUCCUCAGUCGCAUACUCUAUGCUGCUACAAUAUGGAUCCUGAAAAACACAAUCCUCGAAUUCUUCCGCCGUCUGACAGACUUGACGUGGGAGCGAUCCUACCACCGAACCCUGGUCAUGAUCCGCUGGGUCCUGGUGCUCACCUUUCUGGCCGUCAUCAUCAGCGACCUGGCCGAGUGUCGACCCUUCAACCACUACUGGCAGGUGACGCCGGACCCGGGGCCGCGGUGCCGCCAGGGCUACGCGCAGCUCAUCACCACGGCGACCUGCAACAUCGUGACGGACCUGCUGCUCGUCUUCUUCCCCAUCCCCAUCAUCCUGCGGAGCCACAUGAAGGUGAAGCGCAAGAUCCAGCUGACCCUGCUCUUCUCGCUGAGCCUGGCCGUCGUCGGCAUCACGCUCUACCGCGUUCCCCACGUCAUCGACGAGGGCGGGAGGCAGCAGUACCGCUCCCUCCUGGCCUCGGUCGAGCUCAUCUUCGCCACCGCCGCCGCCAACGCCCUCGUGCUGGGAUCCUUCGUGCGCGACAGGGGCCUCAAGAAGCAAAAGUUUCGCCAGACGUCCCUGACCGACUCGCUGGACCGCCGGAGCGACGGCCGCCGCCCCGCCCUGCACCACCACUGGGGCAGCGACGAGGACCUCGUGCGCGACGUCGGCAUCGCCAUCGACCCGGAGCUCCAGAGCCAGACGGCCGCCAACCGCAACUUUGACGCCUGGGCCGCGGACCCCUCCCAGCAUGGCCACCACCACCACCACCACCACCACCACCGCCGCCGCACCAGCAACGCCGACCGCAGCGACGACCUGCUCCUCGCAAACAAUGAGCAGCAGGUCUCCCCCAAGACGGAAUCCAACCACAUAUUCCCCCGGAGGGUCUCCUUCUUCGACGUCGGCGGUCUCCUCGAGCAGGGCUCCGGCAGCAGCAGCCGCGCCGCAGCGGCCCAGGCCCAGAGGGGCAGCCCCUCGUCAUCCUUGGCGCCGCCGCCGCCGGAGCCGCAUCCGGAGCCGUCGCCGUCGCUGCCGGCCGCGUCCAACGGUCUCCGCCGCGGCUCAACCGCCCUCCUGCAGGACCUGGGCGGUCUACUCGACCCGCGACGGGGAUCCUCCGCGUCGGCCUCUCAGUCGAGGAAGACGGACGACGACGCCCAUCUCGCCGAGUCUUCGUCGCCGAGACGUCGCAACCAGACAUAUAACAUGCAUGGGAAGCCUGAUCCCAUCCUGCAGGACCCUGGCGGUCUCCUGGACUGA